UCGAUCCCCUCCUCCCUUUUUCUCGUGUUUCCUCCUCCCCCCUUCCCGUGGCUCUGCCCCUCUCUCUCCCUCUCUCCUUCUCUCAUUUGAAGGCUGUCGGUUUGCAGUGAGCGUACUGCCGGCGCACACACGCGUGCACACUCUCCCUCUCACUCACACACACACAUACAUACACACACACACGCGACACGAGUACUUUCAGUCUCGUGCUCUUGGAAGGAUUUCCAAUCUGUGAGCGACCGGGAGGAAGGGCGGCAAGCAAGAAGGACGACUGGCUCUGUGUGUGUGUGUGCGUGCGAGCGUGUGUGUCUUUUUUUGUGCGUCUCCAUGGCAGUGCUGGCUUGUUAUUAGUGUGAGCUGCCGAGUCAAGGCAGGCGGUGCAGUGGAGAGGACUCUACCCUACACACACACGCUGCUUUACGCUACGCUACGCUACACCGGAGAGAAGACCUUUGUGUGUGUGUGUGUGUGUGCGCGCGUGCUCUCGGGAACUAAUCCAAAGGGAAUAAUAUCAAGAGUGCACUCUACUCUACUACACACUUCCACGCCGGCAGGACUCGCUGGCUUCCUCUCUCUCUCUUUCCUUGGCUCUCCUUUUCCUUUUUUUCUCUCUCUCUUUCUCUCUCUUGUCUCUCUUGCUGGCUCACUGGAUUCGUCUUUCAUGGAAGGACUGUACCACGAUAUUUCACGCAUUUCCUACUAUACAGAAUAUGACAGACACCUAGCACACAGCAAAGGCAUGGCGACGGCGGCGUACCUGGACCCCAGCCUGAACCAGGCGCUGGCUGCCGGCCAGGGGGGGGCCAAGUCGCGUCUCAGCGCGGGCCCGGGCAGCACGGCGGCAGCAGCGGCGGAGCGCACCCCCGCCGCCCUCGACCGCGUCCUCAAGGUCUUCCACCACUUCGAGAGCAACAGCGAGCACAGCACCUGGUCCAGCAACAUCCGGCACGGGGACGGCACCGACAUCAGGGGGAUCAUUCAGAAGAUAGUGGACAUCCACAAGGUGAAAUGUGUGGCGUGCUUCGGGCUGCGUCUGAGCCACGUGCAGUCGGGCGAGGUGCACUGGCUCCAUCCAGACAUGGGGGUGUCCCACGUCCGGGAGAAAUACGAGCAGAACAGGCCGCAGGACGAGUGGAGGUAUGAGUUACGGAUCCGUUACCUGCCCAAGGGAUACCUGAAUCAGUUCACUGAAGACAAGCCCACGCUAAACUACUUCUACCAGCAGGUGAGGAAUGACUACAUGGUGGACUUUGCCGACCAGGUGGAGCAGGACAUUGCACUUAAGCUGGGAUGCCUCGAGAUCCGGAGGUUCUUCAGGGAGAUGAGGGGGAACGCCCUGGACAAGAAAUCAAACUAUGAACUAUUAGAGAAAGACGUGGGUCUCCGCAGAUUCUUCCCCAAGAGCUUACUGGAUUCUGUAAAGGCCAAGACACUGCGUAAACUGAUCCAGCAGACCUUUAAGCAGUUUGCAAACAUGAACGAUGAGCAGAGCAUCCUCAAGUUCUUCGAGGUCCUGUCGCCCGUCUACAGAUUCGACAAGGAGUACUUCAAGUGUGCCCUCGGGUCGAGCUGGGUUAUCGCCGUGGAGUUGGCUAUCGGGCCAGAGGAAGGAAUCAGCUACCUAACAGACAAAGGCUCAACGCCGACACAUCUGGCCAACUUCACCCAGGUGCAGACCAUCCACUACUCCUGCCAAGAGGACAAGGAGCGCAAGGGCAUGCUGCAACUCAACGUAGCCGGGGCCGCAGAGCCUCUCACAGUGACCACGCCGUCCUUCCCCAUAGCCGAGAACAUGGCCGACCUGAUAGACGGCUACUGUCGCCUGGUCAACGGCACCACGCAGUCCUACAUCGCACGAGCCCAGAAAGGUAACGAGGGUGAGAGAGCGCUUCCAUCAAUACCCAAGGUCGCCAACAACGAGAAGAGGAUCGAGUCUGUUCGAACUGGAGUGCGAGCCAUCUCCGUCUCAGAAGAUUGUAGUGGGGAUGAGACGGAUGACUAUGCCGAGAUCAUAGACGAGGAGGACACCUACACCAUGCCAUCGACCAGGGACUAUGAGAUUCAAAGAGAUCGCAUCGAACUGGGACGCUGCAUCGGAGAGGGCCAGUUCGGAGAUGUACACCAGGGGGUCUAUGCCAGCCCGGAGAAUCCCUCGUUGAAUGUGGCCAUUAAGACGUGUAAGAACUGCACCUCAGACAGCGUCCGAGAGAAGUUCCUACAGGAGGCCUUGACCAUGAGACAGUUUGACCAUCCGCACAUUGUGAAGCUGAUUGGCGUCAUCACAGAGAACCCUGUUUGGAUCAUCAUGGAGCUGUGCACCAUGGGAGAGCUGCGCUCCUUCCUGCAAGUGCGCAAAUACAGUCUGGACCUGGCCACGCUGAUCCUGUUCGCAUACCAGCUGAGCACCGCGCUGGCCUAUCUGGAGAGCAAGCGCUUCGUACACAGGGACAUUGCUGCCAGGAACGUUCUAGUGUCUUCCACAGACUGUGUGAAACUCGGGGACUUUGGGCUCUCCAGAUACAUGGAGGACAGCUCCUACUAUAAAGCUUCCAAAGGGAAACUGCCCAUCAAAUGGAUGGCCCCAGAGUCAAUUAACUUCAGGCGGUUCACCUCGGCCAGUGAUGUCUGGAUGUUCGGCGUGUGCAUGUGGGAGAUCCUGAUGUAUGGCAUCAAGCCGUUCCAGGGGGUGAAGAACAACGAUGUGAUUGGUCGAAUCGAGAACGGCGAGCGGCUGGCCAUGCCCCCCAACUGCCCCCCGACGCUCUACAGCCUGAUGACCAAGUGCUGGGCGUACGACCCCAGCAAGAGACCCCGCUUCACCGAGCUCAAGACACAACUCAACACCAUCCUGGAGGAGGAGAAGGCCCAGCAGGAGGAGAGGAUGAGGAUGGAGAUGAGGAGGCAGGUCACCGUCUCCUGGGACUCGGGAGGCUCCGACGAGGCACCCCCUAAACCCAGUAGGCCAGGCUAUCCCAGUCCGCGCUCCAGUGAAGGCUUCUUCCCCAGUCCCCAGCAUGCCGGACAGCACAAUCACUACCAGGUGUCUGGAGGCUUCCCGGCGGCCCACGGCAGCAUCUCUUCCAUGCCCGGCGGCAGCUACCCCGCACAGGCCUCCGUCCUGGACCCGCAGGACUCCUGGAACCACCACCGGCCGCAGGAUGUGCCCAUGUGGUCCCCCAACAUGGAGGACGGAGGCGGCAGUGGUGGUGGCGGUGGCGGGGCGCUGGACAUGCGGGGGCUGAACCAGGCGCUACCCCUGCCCCCCCACCUGAUGGAGGAGAGGCUGAUGAUGCAGCAACAACAGAUGGAGGAGGAUCAGCGCUGGUUGGAGCAGGAGGAGAGCUUUUUGAAGCCGGAGUCCAGGAACUCGAGGGGCAGCUUUGACCGCGAGGACGGCAGCCUGCAAGGCCCAACGGGAAACCAGCACAUAUACCAGCCGGUGGGCAAGCCAGAGCAUGCGGCGCCACCUAAGAAGCCUCCCCGCCCUGGAGCUCCCGGCCUGGGCAGCCUGGCCAGCCUCAACCCCACUGACAGCUACAACGAAGGAGUCAAGAUCCAGCCCCAGGAGAUUAGCCCGCCCCCCACGGCCAACCUGGACCGCUCCAACGACAAGGUGUACGAGAACGUCACAGGGCUGGUGAAGGCCGUUAUCGAGAUGUCCAGCAAGAUCCAGCCAGCUCCACCGGAGGAGUACGUGCCCAUGGUGAAGGAAGUGGGCCUGGCUCUGAGGACUUUACUGGCAACAGUGGACGAGACGAUCCCCAUACUACCCUCCAGCACACACAGAGAGAUCGAGAUGGCCCAGAAGCUGUUGAACUCUGACCUGGGCGAGCUGAUCAACAAGAUGCGCUUGGCACAGCAGUACGUGCUGACCAGCCUGCAGCAGGACUACAAGAAGCAGAUGCUGACGGCCGCGCACGCCCUGGCCGUGGACGCCAAGAACCUCCUGGACGUCAUCGACCAGGCGCGCCUCAAGAUGCUGGCCCAGGCCCGCGGGCCGCACUAGCCCUGCCCUGCCUAGCCCAGCCACGCCCAAUGGCUCUCCAUCCCCUUACAGAUGCAGCCGCGAUAGCCCUGCCCAGCCACGCCCAAUGGCUCUCCAUCCCCUUACAGAUGCAGCCGCAAUAGGAUAGCCUUGCUCUGCCUGGCCCGGUGACUACACAUACAGUAUGCUAUGGACAACGGUGUGGUUCAACAGAUUUGAAGCAUUUUCAACUGUCUUAUUUGCAAGCGGUAAGACUGGAUGUCCUGGUUGAAUCACCAAUCCAAAACACCCACUUGAGGUCAAGUCCCACCUUGAUAUGGAGUGAGUGAUUUUGAUUGGCCAUUUCAACCAGGAAAUUCCAUGUUCGGAUUACAAAUUGUCAGUUAAAAAUACUUCAUAUCAGUUCAACAGAACUGAAUGGAAUAUUGAUGUCCAUUCUAAUACCCAGUCAUUGGCCCUGCCUACGACUGCGCCAUGCGCUCCUCAACCAUAGGGGAAGGGAUGGGGUGGACCGAAUCGACCCAGCCCAGAGCACUAGAGACUAGAGUCGCCCCUGGAAUGGAGAGACGGAUCCAUGAAUGGAUGAAUGGAUGGGUCAGGUGACUUGGGGACUGCGUAACUGUGGGCUCUUAAAAAAAAAUGUGUUUAGGCCUUGCAGUGCCAAGGACAAUGCCCAUUCUCAUUCCACACGCUUUUUCUUUUGUUUUGGUUUUUUUCUUGAACACUUGGACACACUUCUCUUUGCUGCUGCUUCUGUCUUCCAAAGUAUGGAGAUUGACCACAGCAAAAAAAAAGAAAAAAGAAAGAAAAGUACUCUUUGUUUUUACUCUUGUUCUGCCUCGUCUAUGUUUUGUGAUGUUUUGUAUUUUUCUCCCUUUUUUUCCGUUUGUAUCCUGAGGUGAUAUCUUAUUUUGUUUGGGCUGGAAGUCCCUUCCUCCCAUCACUUGCAUAGUAAAUAAAUACCACAAGAAGCUGGAAGAACAGGGGCCUAUACUACAAAGCUGGUUCAGGAUAAGUUAAGGUUAAGU